CGAGAAAAAACAUCAAACACAUCAAAACCCUAUACAGGUCACACUUAGCGCAGCGGUUACCAUCGCCGCCCAAGUCCCAACUCUGUGCUCCGCCGUGUUACCGCCGCCGCCGACGCCGCAGCAGCGAUGGGCUCCUGCCUCUCCUCCGACCUGCCUCCCCCCACCGGCGCAGGAGCGUCGCCGGGGUGGCCGCAGCGGUGGCGGAGGAAGCGGGGCGGGGCGGUUGCCGGGGGCGUCUUCUCCAUCGGCGUCGGCGGCGGGGGAGGCGGGAGGAAGCUGCACGGGGGCGGAGGCGGGGAGAUGACGGAGGAGGAGCUCGCGCGGGUGGAGGGGAGGGUGUGCGUCAACGGCGCCAGCGCGGCGGCGUGCCUGCACACGCAGCAGGGGCGGAAGGGCACCAACCAGGACGCCAUGGUCGUGUGGGAGAAUUUUAAUACAAGUGAUAGUGUCUUCUGUGGCGUGUUUGAUGGUCAUGGUCCCUAUGGUCAUUUUGUUGCGAAGAAAGUCAGAGAUUCUCUUCCUGUCAAAAUACGCACACUCUGGAAAACCAGUGCCAAUGGGGGCACUAGUCCCCACCAAAAUGGAAGCAUUUCUGGAAGUGUUAAUUCAGAAGAAACAUCAUCUGUUGUCGAUGAUGAAUUGAGUGAAAAUGUUGAUGACAGUGAGAAGCUUCCUGAGAUGUUUCUUCCACUUAAACAGUCUUAUUUUAAGGCUUUUAAAUUGAUGGACAAGGAACUCAAGAUGCACCCUACAAUCGAUUGCUUUUGUAGUGGAUCAACGGCCGUCACAUUAGUAAAACAGGGUUGGGAUCUUGUAGUUGGGAACCUUGGGGACUCAAGAGCAAUAAUGGGAACACGAGAUGCUGCCAACAAUCUAACUGCUGUACAACUCACAGUUGAUUUGAAGCCUAACCUUCCAAAGGAAGCUGCAAGGAUCCAACAGUGUAGGGGAAGAGUUUUUGCUCUUCAGGAUGAACCAGAAGUUGCCAGAGUAUGGUUGCCAAAUAAUGACUCUCCUGGACUGGCAAUGGCAAGAGCUUUUGGAGAUUUCUGCCUUAAAGACUAUGGUUUAAUAUCUGUUCCAGAGAUAUCCUAUCGCCGUCUUACUGAAAAGGAUGAGUUCAUAAUAUUGGCCACUGAUGGGGUUUGGGACGUUCUCUCAAACAAGGAGGCUGUUGACAUAGUAGCCUCAGCUCCAUCUCGUUCAACAGCUGCCAGGGCUCUUGUUGACUGCGCUGUCAGAUCAUGGAGAUUGAAGUUCCCAACAUCCAAGAGCGAUGACUGUGCUGUUGUAUGCCUAUUCUUAGACCACGCAAAGUCACCUGACUUGACUCAAGACGACGAACGAGAGGAAGAAACUACAGAGAAUGUUGAAAUCCCAGACGCCAUCGCUAAGGUUGACCAAGACAUUGCACAAGGUGAUGUACAUAUCUCCAGUGAAGAGCAAAUCACCGAGCCAGCACUGCAACAUUCUUAUACAUUAAGGGAUGUUGAUGAGAUUGUACCGGUAGAGGAGCCUCCUGUCUCAAAGGAACCGGAAAGAUGUGGAUCUGCCCGCAGCCUUGCUGAUUGUAUAUCCACAAACGAGGAGGAAGAAUGGUCAGCACUCGAAGGCGUGACGCGGGUCAAUUCCCUCUUGAACCUCCCCAGAAUACUUUCAGGCGACAAAAGGUCGGCUAGCUGGAGGAAGCGGAGAUGAAACCAUUCUCCUGCUUAAGUCAGGCUGAGAGUGCAAGCAGCAGAGGCACAUUUCAGUCGAAACCAGCAAUUUCAGCCAUGAGUGUGCAAAAAUUCUUCGGUCUGGGAUUUAUUCGAGCCGAUUUUUAGGUUUCUUCCCCCAGAUUGUUUCAUACCCUGCAACACUCCAGAUUGGUCUGUUCUUCCCUUUGUGUUCUUGUCAGGAGGCGUUUCAUGCUUGGGCUUCUUUACUUGUUUAUGUGUAUAAAGAAAGUUUUUUUUGUUCUGUGAGAAGCCUAUUGUAAAAUCAUGCAAUGCCUCCUCUCCUCUCCUCUCCUCGCUUUGGUGGAUGGAUGUUCAGCAGUUCACCUGCCGUUUCUGUACUAGAACAAGAACUCAAUCCUAUGUGUAUUAGCUCAUGAUUUUUCAGCUGAAAGUGUAAGCUUC